AUGUCGUCCAUGGCUUCUGUCUUGUUUGCUGCGCUGGCAAUUUCGGGCGUCCAGGUCACCCCCAGCCGCGGAUAUGGCUGUUUCCCGCAGUACUCUCAGUUCUGGGGCCAGUACUCCCCUUACUUCUCGCUGGAAGGACGCUCUGCAAUCUCCUCGGCUGUUCCUCCGGGCUGCAAGAUCACCUUCGCACAAUCUCUCCAGCGCCAUGGCGCCCGAUUCCCUACAGCAGACAAGAGCGCCACCUACUCUUCUCUGAUUAAGCGUAUCCAGGAAGAUGCCACCGAGUUCAAAGACGAGUUUGCUUUCCUAAAAGACUACAAAUAUAACCUUGGAGCUGAUGACCUGACCCCCUUUGGCGAGAGCCAGCUGUAUGACUCUGGCAUCAAUUUCUUCCAACGGUACCAUGGUUUGACCAAGGACUCCAAGGUCUUUGUCCGAUCCGCAGGCUCUGAGCGUGUGGUUGCUUCAGCCCACAAGUUUGUGGAGGGCUUCAAUAAGGCCAAAGGAAGUGAGAAAGGCGGGGCCACCAAGCUUGAUCUCAUCAUUAGCGAAGAGGAUCGCCGGAAGAACCCAAUUGCUCCCCAAGGCUGUGAUGCAUUUGACAAUGAUGAGACAGCGGAUAAGAUUACCGAUCAGUUCCGCAGCACAUUUACCCAGCCUAUCGUGGACAGAGUCAACAAGAAGCUACCAGGAGCCAACAUCAAGAUUGGAGACAUCAAGAGUCUUAUGGCCAUGUGCCCCUUUGACACUGUAGCCCGCACUCCGGAUGCAAGCAAGCUCUCUCCAUUCUGCCAUCUCUUUUCACACGAAGAGUUCCGUCACUAUGACUACCUCGAGACCCUGGGCAAGUUCUACGGACACGGGCCUGGAAACUCCUUUGGCCCUGCUCCCGGAAUAGGCUAUGUCAACGAACUCAUCGCCAGGCUAACCAGUUCGCCUGUCAAAGACAACACAACCGUUGAUCAUGAAUUAGACGACAACCCCAAGACCUUCCCACUCGGUCUGCCACUCUACGCUGAUUUUAGCCACGACAACAGUAUGACAGUUAUCUUCACCGCCAUGGGACUUUUCAACGCCACCAAGCCUCUUUCCCCAACCAAAAUCACCGACCCUGCCGAUGCUUCCGGCUACUCUGCCUCCUGGACCGUCCCCUUCGGUGCUAGAGCUUACUUUGAGAAGAUGGUGUGUGACCACUCUCCAUCUGCUAAGCAAGAGUAUGUCCGUGUCCUGCUCAACGAUCGGGUCUUCCCCCUUCAGGAUUGUCACACCGACUUCCUUGGACGAUGCAAGCUGGAUGAUUUUAUCAACGGAUUGACCUAUGCAAGGUCUAACGGCAACUGGGACCAAUGCGAAGUCUCUCCCCCAAAGUGA